UAUUUCGUAAAAAGAGAAAGUCCAUUUUUCGUGGCUAGGGUUUAGGGUUUGAUGGGAAAUUUGCGCCUUAUUUUGCCGCUGCUGCUUGCUUCUGGUGGAGGCCGAGUCUCUCUGAAGGGCGCGAGCGGGCAGCCAUGGUUCUCAAGACCGAGCUUUGCCGAUUCAGUGGUGCCAAGAUUUACCCUGGCAAGGGUAUCAGAUUCAUACGGUCAGAUUCUCAGGUGUUCCUUUUUGCCAAUUCAAAAUGCAAGAGGUACUUCCACAAUCGUUUGAAGCCGUCAAAGCUUACCUGGACGGCUAUGUACAGGAAGCAGCAUAAGAAGGACUUACAUGCUGAGGCUGUGAAGAAGAGGAGACGUACCACCAAGAAGUCAUAUUCUAGGUCGAUAGUUGGCGCUACCCUUGAAGUAAUUCAGAAGAAAAGGACUGAGAAGGCUGAAGUUCGAGAUGCGGCAAGAGAAGCUGCCCUUCGUGAAAUAAAGGAGAGGAUUAAGAAAACCAAGGAUGAGAAGAAGGCCAAGAAGGCUGAGCUGGUGGCCAAGUCCCAGAAGUCCCAGCCAAAGGGCAACUUGGGGAGGGCUGCUGCACCAAAAGGACCAAAGCUUGGUGGUGGUGGUGGCAAACGCUGAGCGCCUUUUACUCCCCUAAGCAUCUCCUUCUAGAUGAUUGGAAAGGAAGAAAAUGAACUUAAUAGCAGGACAUCGUUUGAAGAUGCAUUCUAUAAUUCUUUUAGGGAAUAUGAUUUCUUGUUUGGACCUGACGGAGAGAAGUGGUUGUUCCGUCUCCUCGGGGCAACACCUCAAUUUCUUCCGUUUUUCAGUUUUGUACUGCACGUUUCUGUGGGAACCUUACUAUGUAGGCCAGUAGCAAUCAUCUUCUUUUCAAA